GACUACAUGGAGAAUACUCUGAGACUCAUCCAGGAAAGGCAGCCCCAUGUACAUAAACGCUCUCUGAACGCUACAGACACACUGACCACAGAUGAGUUGAAACUCAUUAGCCGACUGACCGGAUGUAGAGCACGUGUCCAGGUCCCAAACUGUCGAAUCAUUCCAGACCUCAACAAGUACCGCACAAGCACCAGUGUCUGUAACAACCUGAAAAACCCCCGAUGGGGAGCCUCCAAUACACCACUGGCACGUUGGCUUCCUCCACGUUACGAGGAUGGCAUCUCACAGCCCCCUGGCUGGGAUGAGUCACGCCUGUACAAUGGACACCUUCUGCCUCUGGUGAGGGACGUCUCCAACCGGAUCCUGAGUACUACAGAUGCAGGAGUGGAGAGCGACCAUGUCUAUUCAUACAUGAUCACUCUUUUUGGGCAAUGGAACGACCACGACCUGACCUUCACUCCCACCUCUCCCAGCAUCCGCUCCUUCAAUGAUGGCAUAGAUUGUGAUUUAAGCUGUGCCCAGGCUGACCCCUGCUUCCCUAUUCAGAUCCCACCAGAGGAUACCCGCUUUGACAACAACUCCAAGGGCUGCAUCCCUUUCUUUCGCUCAGCACCAGCCUGUGGAACAGGCACCACGGGCUAUGUGUUUGGGGAAGCCAACAUACGACAGCAGGUGAACGCGUUGACGGCCUUCCUGGAUGCAGGACAGGUUUACGGAUCAGAGGACGCGCAAGCACAAUCCCUGAGGGACCUCACCAAUGACUUUGGUCUGAUGAGAGUCAAUGAUCGUUUCAAUGACGACGGCAGAGAGCACCUCCCCUUCGCUAACACACUGGGCACAUGCUCCACCCGGCAGAAGAUCACUAACGUCAGUGGAGCGGAAGAGGUGCCCUGCUUUGUGGCCGGUGAUACUCGAGUGAUUGAGAACAUUGCCCUCUCAUCAAUCCAUACUCUGUUCCUGCGCGAACACAAUCGUUUGGCCCGAGCCCUGCGGCAGCUCAACCCACACUGGAGUAGUGAGACUCUCUAUCAGGAGGCUCGCAAGAUUGUUGGUGGCUACCUUCAGGUCAUCGUGUUCCAGGACUACCUGAAGCACAUUGUGGGUCCUGAUGCCAUGACCCGCUUUCUCCCCGCCUACCCUGGGUAUGAUGAGAAUGUGGACCCCAGCAUCGCCAAUGUGUUUGCUACUGCGGCCUACCGCUUCGCCCACCUGACCCUCCAGCCUCUGGUCUUCCGACUCAACGAGAGCUACCAGGAGCACCCUGAGUUUCCAAGUGUGCCGCUGCACAAAGCCUUCUUUGCUCCCUGGAGGUUGAUCUUCGAAGGUGGAGUGGACCCUUUACUCCGAGGGCUGUUGGGACGGCCAGCUAAGCUGGCCACCCAGGACCACAUGUUGGUUGAUGCAGUGCGAGAGAGGCUUUUUCAAUUCACCUCAAGACUGGCACUGGACUUGGGUUCCCUGAACAUGCAACGUGGACGAGACCAUGGGUUACCUGCCUACAGUGCCUGGCGUAAGUUUUGUGGUCUGUCACAGCCACAGAAUGAGUUAGAGUUGGCCGAAGUGUUGAACAACACAAACUUGGCCAAGAAACUCAUCGAGCUCUAUGGCACACCAGAUAAUAUUGAUGUGUGGCUGGGGGGGGUCUCCGAACCCUUUGUCCCCGGUGGACGUGUGGGACCCCUGUUCUCCUGUCUCAUUGCCAUGCAGUUCCAGAAAAUUCGUCAAGGAGACAGGCUGUGGUGGGAGAAGGAUGGCGUCUUCACCAGUCGGCAGCGCGAUUCCUUAGCUUCCGUCUCCCUGAGUCGUAUCAUUUGUGACAACACUGGCAUCACCGAUGUGCCAAAGGACCCCUUCGUGUUUCAGGCCCGGGGGUCUAGCUACACUAGCUGCAAUGACAUCCCUGUUUUUGACCUCACUCCAUGGAAUGACACCGGUUCCUCCUGCCCUAUUGUCUCAACUGUAUCUCCCAGCUCUGCUGUACCCCAGACAUCCUUGCCACUGACACCCAUCGCUGGCCCACCAGGACCCCCUGGUCCACCCGGACCUCCAGGUCCUUCUGGUCCACAUGGUCUUCGAGGUCCUGCUGGCCAACAGGGAGCCACUGGUCCCUCUGGACCUCAGGGACCUUCUGGCCCACCAGGACCCCCAGGUCCCUCUAUCCACACAGAGCAAUCAGCCUUUUCCAUGCGCCUGGGUUCCAGUAACCCGCAACCCAAACAACCCAUUGUCUUCCACGAAACCAUCUACAAUGGGCAAAACCAUUAUAACAGUCAGACAGGGGUUUUCACAUGUGCUAUUGCUGGUGUCUACAAGUUUGAAUACGACUGCAGCCUGACCCAAGGCAAAGGAGAUAUCAUCCUGCAACAAAAUGGGCAAGUGAUACGAAAGACCCCCAUCUCACAACAGUCAGCGCUUCUAACAGCUUCUGGAAGCACCUUGGUGCAGCUCAAACGUGGAGAUAAGGUGUGGCUAGAGACCAACGCCAAAGGCCUCAAGUUCACCAAAGACAGUUACUUCAGUGGCCACCUGCUCUUUACUGAAAUGAAAAGGACAGAUUUUUGGACAUAUCCAGCAAAUAAAUAUGGUAGCUUUCUGGAUGUGCUGCAGAACUCCUCAACUUUCCACAAGGAUUCAAGGUGCUCAUUGCUGCAGGGCAUCCUCAGAAACGCCAUGAACACGUGUACAUGCCUCCUGGUCCUGGGGAUCUACCUGUCCAUCUUCUUUCCUGCAGCUACAGCAGAAGAUGGCAAAAUGAGGCCUUUCGUGCUCAAAGCCCUGGAGGAUGCCAAGACAGCUGUGGAUGAAGCCUACAUGUAUUCCUGGAAAGAGAGUGUGUCCCGGGUGAAGAAAGGCUCCUUCAGCGCUUCCGAUGCCCUGCGUCUGUUGAGGCAGCCGUCCAGAGAUCUGCGCUCAGCUGUGAGGGCUGCUGACUACAUGGAGAAUACUCUGAGACUCAUCCAGGAAAGGCAGCCCCAUGUACAUAAACGCUCUCUGAACGCUACAGACACACUGACCACAGAUGAGUUGAAACUCAUUAGCCGACUGACCGGAUGUAGAGCACGUGUCCAGGUCCCAAACUGUCGAAUCAUUCCAGACCUCAACAAGUACCGCACAAGCACCAGUGUCUGUAACAACCUGAAAAACCCCCGAUGGGGAGCCUCCAACACACCACUGGCACGUUGGCUUCCUCCACGUUACGAGGAUGGCAUCUCACAGCCCCCUGGCUGGGAUGAGUCACGCCUGUACAAUGGACACCUUCUGCCUCUGGUGAGGGACGUCUCCAACCGGAUCCUGAGUACUACAGAUGCAGGAGUGGAGAGCGACCAUGUCUAUUCAUACAUGAUCACUCUUUUCGGGCAAUGGAACGACCACGACCUGACCUUCACUCCCACCUCUCCCAGCAUCCGCUCCUUCAAUGAUGGCAUAGAUUGUGAUUUAAGCUGUGACCAGGCUGACCCCUGCUUCCCUAUUCAGAUCCCACCAGAGGAUACCCGCUUUGACAACAACUCCAAGGGCUGCAUCCCUUUCUUUCGCUCAGCACCAGCCUGUGGAACAGGCACCACGGGCUAUGUGUUUGGGGAAGCCAACAUACGACAGCAGGUGAACGCGUUGACGGCCUUCCUGGAUGCAGGACAGGUUUACGGAUCAGAGGACGCGCAAGCACAAUCCCUGAGGGACCUCACCAAUGACUUUGGUCUGAUGAGAGUCAAUGAUCGUUUCAAUGACAACGGCAGAGAGCACCUCCCCUUCGCUAACACACUGGGCACAUGCUCCACCCGGCAGAAGAUCACUAACGUCAGUGGAGUGGAAGAGGUGCCCUGCUUUGUGGCCGGUGAUACUCGAGUGAUUGAGAACAUUGCCCUCUCAUCAAUCCAUACUCUGUUCCUGCGCGAACACAAUCGUUUGGCCCGAGCCCUGCGGCAGCUCAACCCACACUGGAGUAGUGAGACUCUCUAUCAGGAGGCUCGCAAGAUUGUUGGUGGCUACCUUCAGGUCAUCGUGUUCCAGGACUACCUGAAGCACAUUGUGGGUCCUGAUGCCAUGACCCGCUUUCUCCCCGCCUACCCUGGGUAUGAUGAGAAUGUGGACCCCAGCAUCGCCAAUGUGUUUGCUACUGCGGCCUACCGCUUCGCCCACCUGACCCUCCAGCCUCUGGUCUUCCGACUCAACGAGAGCUACCAGGAGCACCCUGAGUUUCCAAGUGUGCCGCUGCACAAAGCCUUCUUUGCUCCCUGGAGGUUGAUCUUCGAAGGUGGAGUGGACCCUUUACUCCGAGGGCUGUUGGGACGGCCAGCUAAGCUGGCCACCCAGGACCACAUGUUGGUUGAUGCAGUGCGAGAGAGGCUUUUUCAGUUCACCUCAAGACUGGCACUGGACUUGGGUUCCCUGAACAUGCAACGUGGACGAGACCAUGGGUUACCUGCCUACAGUGCCUGGCGUAAGUUUUGUGGUCUGUCACAGCCACAGAAUGAGUUAGAGUUGGCCGAAGUGUUGAACAACACAAACUUGGCCAAGAAACUCAUCGAGCUCUAUGGCACACCAGAUAAUAUUGAUGUGUGGCUGGGGGGGGUCUCCGAACCCUUUGUCCCCGGUGGACGUGUGGGACCCCUGUUCUCCUGUCUCAUUGCCAUGCAGUUCCAGAAAAUUCGUCAAGGAGACAGGCUGUGGUGGGAGAAGGAUGGCGUCUUCACCAGUCGGCAGCGCGAUUCCUUAGCUUCCGUCUCCCUGAGUCGUAUCAUUUGUGACAACACUGGCAUCACUGAUGUGCCAAAGGACCCCUUCGUGUUUCAGGCCCGGGGGUCUAGCUACACUAGCUGCAAUGACAUCCCUGUUUUUGACCUCACUCCAUGGAAUGACACCGGUUCCUCCUGCCCUAUUGCCUCAACUGUAUCUCCCAGCUCUGCUGUACCCCAGAUAUCCUUGCCACUGACACCCAUCGCUGGCCCACCAGGACCCCCUGGUCCACCCGGACCUCCAGGUCCUUCUGGUCCACGUGGUCUUCGAGGUCCUGCUGGCCAACAGGGAGCCACUGGUCCCUCUGGACCUCAGGGACCUUCUGGCCCACCAGGACCCCCAGGUCCCUCUAUCCACACAGAGCAAUCAGCCUUUUCCAUGCGCCUGGGUUCCAGUAACCCGCAACCCAAACAACCCAUUGUCUUCCACGAAACCAUCUACAAUGGGCAAAACCAUUAUAACAGUCAGACAGGGGUUUUCACAUGUGCUAUUGCUGGUGUCUACAAGUUUGAAUACGACUGCAGCCUGACCCAAGGCAAAGGAGAUAUCAUCCUGCAACAAAAUGGGCAAGUGAUACGAAAGACCCCCAUCUCACAACAGUCAGCGCUUCUAACAGCUUCUGGAAGCACCUUGGUGCAGCUCAAACGUGGAGAUAAGGUGUGGCUAGAGACCAACGCCAAAGGCUUCAAGUUCACCAAAGACAGUUACUUCAGUGGCCACCUGCUCUUUACUGUUUAGGCUCAUAUUUGCACUGAAUAAGAUCAUAUUUACCAAAUGUAAUUAAAUAACUUGUUCUGCGAUUAAUUACAACCAGUACUACUGUGAAGGUAUA